AUGGAUAGUGGAGGCUUUCAUGGCUACCGCAAGCUCCCCAACACCUCCUCUGGGUUGAAGCUAUCAGUGUCGGAGAUGAGCAUGAGGCAGGUAGCUACCGAGAACAACCACUCAACAGCAGAGGAGAACGAAUGCACGGUGAGGGAGCAAGACCGUUUCAUGCCAAUUGCAAACGUGAUAAGGAUCAUGCGUAAGAUCCUUCCACCACACGCGAAGAUUUCCGAUGACGCCAAAGAAACGAUCCAAGAAUGCGUGUCUGAAUACAUCAGCUUCAUAACUGGGGAGGCAAACGAGCGUUGCCAGAGGGAGCAACGCAAGACAAUCACUGCUGAAGACGUGCUUUGGGCUAUGAGCAAGCUUGGCUUCGAUGACUACAUCGAACCUCUCACCAUAUACCUUCACCGUUACCGUGAGCUUGAGGGUGAUCGCACCUCUAUGAGGGGUGAACCAUUGGGGAAAAGGACAGUGGAAUAUGGGACUCUUGGUGUUGCUACUGCAUUUGUUCCUCCCUUUCACAUUGGACACCCAAAUGGCUACUUUGGUGCUGCCAUGGGGACUUACUUGAGGGAUACACCUAAUGCUGGCUCGUCUCAGUCUUCACUCUCAAAUGCUGAACCCAAUAGUAAUGUUCAGUACAAAUGA